GUUUGUUCGAUCGAACAGCCAGUGCAGGUGUCAUCUUGCGUGCAUCGAGGAUUUUUGUGGCGAAGCGGAGGCGCACAGCGCAACCUGUCGCUGGUGGCAAACCACCGCACCCUGCCCCCCGUCGCUCUUCCCUGCCCCUCGCACUCGCUCCAUUCCUCUCUCCCCUUCCUUGGAUCGGCCCUCGUCAAAUCUGCUACGCUCUCUUAUCCCUCUCCUUUUCCCACCCUUCUACCGCCACUGCGACAGCGCCAGUCAGCGCCAUGGUUCUCAAGACGGAGCUGUGCCGGUUCAGCGGCGCCAAGAUCUACCCCGGGAGGGGCAUUCGCUUCAUCCGAGCUGACUCGCAGGUGUUUCUGUUCGUGAACGCCAAGUGCAAGCAGUACUUCCACAACCGCCUCAAGCCGUCCAAGCUCGACUGGACCGCCAUCUACCGCAAGCAGCACAAGAAGGACGUGCAAGCGGAGGGCGUGCGGCGCAAGAAGCGCGCGGCCACCAAGGUGCACAGCCGCUCCAUCGUGGGCGCGUCGCUCGAGGUCAUUCAGAAGCGCCGCUCCGAGAAGGCCGAGGUCCGCGCUGCCGCCAGAGAUGCCGCGCUCCGUGAGAUCAAGGAGCGGCUGAAGAAGGUGAAGGACGAGAAGAAGGCAAAGAAGGUGGAGGUGUCGUCCAAGCAGGCCAAGGCCGCCACCAAGGGGGCGGCGCCAAGGGCUGCAGGGCCCAAGGGUGGCAAGGGUGCCGGUGGUGGUGGCGGUGGCAAGCGAUGAAGUGCACAUGUACUAUUGUAGCUAAUCAGAGAGGUGAACGCUUCUGCAGCUUGCACACGUAUGGAAGGAAACGCUACAGGAGAUCACAUAAUGAAGCAUUCUCAGAACCUGAAGAAAGCUUUUGCUGUCUGAAGCAUAGUGCAGCAAACUCUUGUCGUAGGAUUGAAUGUCGAGAGAAAAACGUUCAAGGGUAUAAGCCUAACUGUUGUACCCUCUAAGAUACGAACCUAUACAGUCUAAA